CAUCAGCUGCUGCACUGCUCUGUGCUGGGAGUUUGGGUCGUGCAGUAAAACUGUGUUGGGCGUUCCUAGUCCAUGCUGGUUAUUUGUGAACUAAUCACGCUUUUUACAGCACUUACUGAUAUCUUGGACUUUCUCCUUUUCGUAUAAGCAAUUUCGAGCGCAUUCCGGUACGUGCUCCUGCCUCAGAGCUGGGCUAGUGCUGUCCUGCAGAAGCCCGGCUGCGCGAGAUGCGCCUAUGGAGGGAUGAAGACGCGCCUACUCCGUCUGACCGCGCGCGCUCCCCUCACUUCGCACCCAGGCUGCGCGCGCGUACACGGAUGGCUCUAACAGGUAAAACCCCGAGAUGCACGCAAGCGAUAAGACGACACUAUCCUUCCGGAACCUUGAAUUUUGUAAUACACAAAGCAAGUACUUUGAAGAUCGUCUUGAUAUCAUCUCAUACGAAUUGGAGGAGGGAAACCGCAUCAGAUAGAGAGAGGGGGGAGAGGGAGAGAGCGAGAGGGAGAGAGAGAGAGAGAGAGAGAGAGAGAGAGAGAGAGGCAGACUGGAGUUAGGGUAGACUGGAGCAGGUAAUAGAGCCGUAACAAACCUCCAAGGGGCAGAUCUUAGACAUCAGUGCGCGCAGGACUCCAGUCCCGAUCAUGGCGCCAGCAGCCUGCCCCGGACACUGCGCGAUGCUGGCUCUCGCUCUCCUCCUGGGAUGUGGCGCGGGGUUGUGCCUGGGCCAGAACGACACGGAACCCAUCGUCCUGGAGGGGAAGUGUCUGGUGGUGUGUGACUCUAACCCCUCUUCUGAUGGAGGGGUCACCUCCUCGCUUGGGAUAUCCGUGCGCUCCGGCAGUGCCAAAGUGGCUUUUUCGGCGGUCAGGGGAACAAACCACGAGCCGUCGGAGAUGAGCAACACCUCAAUGACCAUCUACUUUGACCAGGUAUUAGUGAACAUUGGCAAUCAUUUCGACUUAAAAGCAAGCGUGUUUACGGCACCGCGAAGAGGAAUUUACAGUUUCAGUUUUCAUGUGGUGAAGGUCUACAACAGACAGACCAUACAGGUCAACCUGAUGCAGAACGAAUACCCAGUCAUCUCCGCGUUCGCUGGGGAUCAGGAUGUCACGAGGGAGGCGGCGAGCAACGGCGUUCUACUGAUGGUGGAGCGCGAGGACCGGGUCUAUCUCAAGCUCGAGAGAGGGAAUCUCAUGGGCGGAUGGAAAUAUUCCACGUUUUCUGGAUUUUUAGUUUUCCCUCUAUAACCGCCUUGCAAAUAGUUACUGCAUUUUACUUUUUUUAAAAGACCGCAGAAGAUAAAUAUCAGUUCGAUGAACAAAACUCUUUGCGAUGCGCCCGUAGCGCAGACAUGCGAUAUGGCCAAAUAAGGACGAAUCCGUGGAGAUCCCGCGCCAUCCUCCAUUCAUCUCAGUGUGUUUUUACGGAGGAACCUGUCCAUCGACUUGUGUGUAGUGCACAUGUUGAUUGUUGGAUUCUAUCGUCGGGCAAACGAUUACGUUUGCUAAUUGACAAUUACCUGGACAACUAUAUAAAUGGAAGAUAUUUAAGGUGAUGAUCCUAAAUCCCGAACUAAGUAUAUUUAUGCUCUACGUUGUGUUCGUAUAGCCUUAACGAUUUGGCUCCCGUCACGUGAAGUGGUAAGGAGCCACGAGCGGGGACGUUCCAGUGUCAGGAAACUGCUUUACGGCCUAAAGCAUUUUUGCACGAAUGGGAGAUCUUGUUUUGUGGUGUUCAUGGUGUUUCGUAUGGAUGCUGAACAUGUGGAAAAUGUGCCAAAUAUAGGCCGCCAACUAUACAGUGAUUAUUAAAAAAAUAUAUCAGCCAGUGGAGGCAUCUUAAAACUUUUGCAGAACGUUCAUCUAAUUUAUAAAAUACAUAUUCACAUGUGUUCUACAUUCCGGAUCUACGUACCUUUGACUGGUUUAGUGUUCAGUGACAUUGCUCACAAAUGUACAUUGUGGAAAAAAAGAAAAAAAAUCCCGAUAUGAUGUCCCGCCUAAUAAAAUAUUGUAUUGUA